AUGGAAAGUGCCGCAGUAUCUGACUUAUCUAAGGAUAGCAAGUGGAAUAUGAAUUUACCAUAUAUUUUUCAGGCGCGCAAUCGUCUCGAAUCCGAUCUGUUGGAUGCUAUGAUGUGCAUUGAGGAUCUUAAACAAGCACUGGAAAUCCGAAUGGCAAGACGCCGGAAAAUUGAUCCAAGGGAGGCGGAAGAACGAAGGGCUCUUAUCCGUCAAAAUAAGAAGCUUCUAAAUCAGCUAUACGAAUCGGCAAAGAGGAUUGAAAACCUGGAGCUUACAAAGCUGGAAAUGAAGGAGCAGCUGGAAUUGCUGGACUUUCAGUUGAUGGAGAUAGAAAAUCAAAAGGCCAUUAUUGAGGAAGAGGUACGACGGCAGUUACCACGGGAGGAUGGCGGAACACAAACUGAGGAGGAUCCUGAGACGGGCGCUGCGGCCGUUGCGAUGGCCAAGGCGGAGACUGCGAACGUUCUCUCUGAACUGGCCAAUCAGCAGGCCGAGAGUGCGGCCCUCUUAGCCAAGCACAGGCACUUGGAGAACCUGCUGCGCGAUUUGCGACGGGAUAAUGCAGAGCUGCGUGAGCAAAUCCAGCUUCCAGGCAUCGGACAUCAAUGGAAUAUGCGCACACCACACAGGUACUCCUGUUUAGUCAGUGGGGAGGAAUUGAAAGCCAAAAACGAGCUUAUUGCCGAAUUGCAGGCCAGCGUUCAAAAACAUGAAGAAGUCCUAAAAGGACUUGGCUAUGUGAUGUCGGAAUUCCCCAGUGGUGAAGGCAGGACUCCAGUUAAAGAGGGAAUCAUGCUCAAGGAAACAGAAGGUGCUGCUGGGUCUAUGUUACAUCACCGGAGCACAAUUUCAGUGGGGUCCAGCGGCUCGCAGACUGACUCUGAUGUUGCACAGACUGAAUCGUUGGUUGCAGUUUCGGAAAAUGGCCUCUCUGGCGGCGUCUUUCUUAGCGCUCAAACCAUGAAGGAGUUAGUUAAAGAGUUAGAAACGUGCUACCUUGCGGUAAAAGGAGAUGGAGAAGGAAACUCUUCCUCUACUUCAACCUUAUCUACGAGUACCAUUAAUUCAGAGGACGAUAUACGUGCGGCCAUCACAAAUUUGAAGCAGGAAAUCGUCGCGUGGAAUGGCCAUGCCGGCUCCUGCCUAAGUCUUCUAUUCCCUCUGAAAGAGAACGCUUAUGCUCUGGUCCUCUUCUUUGUUGUCGUCGCAGACGGCCCCAUGAUGGUUACGAGUUUGGACUAUGGUGCAGCGAAGAAGAGCUUAAAAGAUCAGCUCAACUUGGGGGCAGAAUGGGCCACCGCUGACGUGAUUAGGACUUUCGGACUGCUGAAUCCCUUACCUGAAGGCGCAAACGUAUCUAAUGAGCUCGAAGCCCUCCGCGCCCAACUGGCUAUUUCGGAAAAACGGCGAAUGGAUCUUGAAAAACGCUUAGCGGAAACCACCUCGGAAGUGGCACGUGCGCAGGCUGAGAGCCGGGCAAAUGAUGCUGCAUUAACGGCCUCGCGCAGAACCGAAGCUGCCCUGCGACGCCGUCUCCUGGCCACCAUGGACACUGGACUAGGAUCACGUGACCGUAGUAAUCGGCCCACGUCAACAAUUGAGUUUGGAUACAAUGCCAUCGGCAGCGGUUCCCCCUCAAAGGAAGAAUUUGAGGCUCAAGCUAAUGUCGUUCGCUUAGAAGCUCAGAAUGCGGCGCUGACUGAGGCUAGCCAUUUGGACCGCGUACGUCUGCAGGAACAAGCCACCAGAAUUGCGCAACUGGAAGCAGAACACCGAACUCUUCACGAUCGUAUGUCACAUUUGCAGGCUUCGGAAUCUUGCGCUCAGCGGGCUAGCGUGCGCCUCCAGGCUCUGUACGAAGACAUGCUGCGUGAAUUCUCUGAGGCUUCCACACAGGAUGCCACGCUCCGAAGGCGUCGGCGUCAGCAACAACAAACCGCCAUGGAGAACAUGGAUUAUGGUGACUUGGCCUCAGCUCAGUGGAACAAUGAGCACGAGCAAGAUUUGCCGCCAGUUGGUCUUUGCCAGUCGAGCGCCUGCGCUGAACUCCGUCGAGUGCUCUCAGCUUUGCAAGAACGCCUCAUUAAAACCUCUGAGCUGUUGGUGGAAGCAGAGACAAAAUUGGCAGCCUUCGAAACUCAAAAACUAAAAUCAGAGUUAGGACAGAAGUCCGACAAACUGCCAGUACUGCCUACGCCAGACACACAGAAUGCAACCAAUCCGGCUGGUUUACAGCUCAUUGGAGCACUAAAAGUCUUGCUGCACAACAAACGCUACUAUUCGCAGAAGCCAACGGAAGUAGCAAAUCUAGAACGCAAUGACAUCGAGGUCUGUUUCCACCUCUUAGGCUGCCUGGAACGCUGGAUAUUCUCACGAACCAAUCGGAUGAACUUGGUCGAAUCAAUAUUGAGACAACGCGUACUUGAAUUGCAGCUGUGCCUCUCCGAUAAGGAGCAUGCCGAUGAUGCAUCGUCCGCACUACAGGAAAGCCUUAAUGCACAAAAACAGGAGAUCACGGAUCUGUAUCAGAAGCUUGAUCAGUUACAAGACGAACUAGAAGUCACAAAGGCGUGUUGUGGUGGUCAGGUAAGCCUUCAGCAUCAUAUGCAUUAUGUGUUACCAACUGUCUUCCUACAUCUACCAUUUCCCGCCUGGAAGAUGUGUCGUUUUUGA